AUGCAUCUGACAGCACCUGUCAACUGGGAUAUUACGGGAGACAACAUCGAGAGACUCAUGUUCCACCACGUGCAUAACUGCACCGUUCCAGACUUCGGAGCCUCUACGCCUUUGGCAAAACUUUGGAGCAAUUACAUCCUACCUCUAGGCUACUACUCCGAUUCCGUCAAGCAUGCCGUCAUCGCCCUUGGCUCCGCCCACAGAGCAUUCUUGGAAAACCCCUUUUACGAGACACAAGCGACGGAGAGCUCGUUGGAACUGAGCGAUGUAUCAACGCGGCAUUACCGAAAAGCCGUCUCAGAAGCCAUCCAAAUUAUGGCUGACCCAUCACCAGUCAACAUCAGAAUCACCCUGAUCAGUUGUCUAGUCUUCGUCUGUUACGAAAUCAUCCGAGGGCAAUAUGACAAAGCCGUUCAACACUUGAGAUCCGGAGCAAAGGUUCUUGACUCACUUCACCAAGCAGCACUAGCAUACCGACGAAAUCCAGCCUCGCUCUCCGCUUACGACAAGUGUCUCGCCGAAACCGUCGAAAACCAUUUCAUCCAGCUUUGCGACAUAGCCGGCAUGUUUUCGUGCAUGGGCAUGGAUGCGUCAAUGCUAAUCGAGGAGGACGUGGUUCCUGAUCUGUCCUUCUUCGUUCAAGACGAAGAGAAAGACCAGACCAGACCCUUCACUAGUGUCGCCGAGGCCCGAUACCAGCUUCAUCUCGUCGAAGUCAUGUUCUCCGAAGCGUUCGAUGAGUCGUGGGUAUCCUGCAGUGAAGGCUCCACGUGCAGAUCAUGUCCCUCUCCGCCUGAGAAUGGCAAGGACUCGCCUGGAUCAACGACUUCGAGGAGCUCAACAAAACAGGCCGAAUGGGAUUUGGCCGAUAAACAUUUCAAAGAGUGGUGCGUUCGCUUCGACGCCUUUCAAAAGGGCCUGCCGGAACGCAUCGAUCAGGCGGAUAGAGAAGAGCUUAAGGCCUUGGACUUCUCCAGGAAGAGUUGGGAAAUCUUCAACUCGCACGACACGCCCUGCGAUAUGAAGCAUUCGGAUAUGGGAGUUUUGAAUGAGCUAGUGGACAUGGCUGAAGACAUCAUCCUCGGCAAGACGCAAGGAACGAGGCCCACCUUCUCACUCGCGGCAGAUGUGGUGCCUUCGCUGUCGUACAUCUGCGCGUUCUGCGAGAACGACGACUUGGAACGACGAUGCAUCGAUGCCUUGCGGAGGAUGAAGAGAAGAGAGGGAAUGUGGGACAGUCAAGAGAUGGCCAAUCUUUAUGACUUCAUCCUUCAAGCCAAGUCGGACAACACGUGGAAAGACGAGUACAACUGGGAAAGCCUUCCCAACCUGGCAAGGCGGAUGAACAAUUUGUCAAUCUCGAGCUCAGGCCGGGAAGGGUCGCCAACUCCGUCAUCGAUGCUGAGCCUCCUCUGA